AUGUUUGCUUUUCUCUCUUUAAGACAGCUACUUUUUAUCACACAUAGGAAUAGGAGGACCCAAUUUCAAUUGGGUCUUCUUCAGAAAACUGCUUUCUUUAGCAUCAAAUCAUUUUCUUCAUUCGGUUUGUCUAAACCAAAACAACAAAAUGAAGCUCAAAGACAUUCUUUUACAGUGUCUUAUCUCAUAAACUCAUGUGGGUUCUCACCAAAAUCUGCUCUUUUAGCAUCCCAUAAGGUACACUUUGAAAACCCGGAUAAACCAGAUUCAGUAAUUAAUCUUCUCAAACAUAAUGGAUUCAACGAUACCCACAUCACAAAACUUAUCAGGCAAUUCCCACGGCUUCUUUUAUAUAAUCCUAAGAAUACACUUUUGCCCAAAAUUAAGUUUUUCCCUUCAAUAGGGAUUUCAACCUCUGACCUCCCUAGAAUCCUCAGUACAAGCCCUGAACUACUGAAAAGGAGUUUGAAGAACCAUCUAAUUCCUUGCUAUGAUAUCCUCAAGAGUUUGCUUGUUGAGAAUGAGAAGGUCAUUAAAACUUUGAGGCGCUCGCAUUUGUCUUUACAAUACAUAACUAUCAGUAUUGUUCCAAAUGUUGAACUUCUGAGAGAAGUUGGAGUACCUCAAUCCAACAUCUCUUACUUGGUGACUACUUGUCCCUUUGUAGCAACCAUCCAACGUAGUAAGUUAGUAAAAGCUAUCCAGGAGGUUAAGGAAAUGGGUAUUGAUCCUUCUAAAAUUGUGUUUGUGCAAGCAAUCAUUGUGGUUUUGACAUCAAAAAGACCAAUGUGGGAAUAUAAAUUUGAGAUUUUCAAGAGGUGGGGUUGGUCUAAGGAGGAUACUCUCCUAGCAUUUAAAAAGGAUCCAAAUUUUAUGCAAUUGUCAGAGAAGAAUAUCAUGAAAACAAUGAAUUUCCUUGUGAAUAAAUUGGGACGGCCAUCAACAGAUAUUGCUAGAAAUCCUGUGGUUCUGCAUUUAAGCUUGGAGAAGAGGAUUAUCCCUAGGUGUUCAGUAAUUCAAAUUUUGGUAGCCAAUCAUUUGGUCAAGGAUGAUUUAGGCUUUUCAUCUUUCUUAUUAGUGAAUGAGAAGUUGUUUUUGGAGAAGUAUGUGAGCAAAUUUCAGGACAUUGCUCCUCAAUUGUUGAGUUUCUAUCAAAAUAAGAUGGAUCUUCUGGAUGUAGAAAUUCAAUUUGAGAAGGUAGGUGAGACUAAACAGUUGUAA